AUGGCGGCUGCGGCGACGAGAGCCAGAGGAGGACCGCGGCGGCCGUUCGCGCCCGUGGUGGUGUUGCCGCCGCCGCUGCCAUCGCAGGCGGAGAAUCGGCUGGCGCACGAGGACGCGCCGUCCUCGUUCGCGCGGCGGGAGCCGAGGAGGUUCGGGGCGUGCGCCGGGAAGGUCGCGGGGCCCGCGGUUCUUGGCGCCGGCGGCAAGGCGGCCAAGAAGUGCGGCCCUGGGUCGUCCCCGGCCAAGAAGACGCCGGUGGCGGCGAAGAGGACGCCGGGGCCGGCGACCAGGAGGAGGUUGGUGGAUUCUUGCACCAAGAACAAGGAGUGCUCGACCGCGGCGGCGGGCACGGUGGCGGCGUACGACGCGCCGCACGCGCGGGACGUCGGGCGCCGCCGAGGCGCGACGACGAGGUGCGGACCAAGCUCUCCUACCCCUGCAGCGAGGCAGACCAAGAACGGCGGGGCAGCGGGGCGAUGA